CUUUUUCAGAGUUGUGAUCAUGACCAGUUUGAAAAGUUGUCUUUGAACGAAGAAUGAAUUGUCAUGUUAGGAACAUGAUUUGGCUACCUCAGAGAUCACAAGCAAAAUUCAGUAUAAUCCUUCUCAUCUUUUUGCUUAUGGCUGCUGAGUCAACACAGCAAAGGAUACAAUGCAAGAACCAAAGCUGCAGCCAGCAUCUUCACAAGAGUCUGAAGCUCACCAAGUUCAUGAACUCAACCGCUGCACAACUUGUAAAAACAUAUAAAGCCAGUCAAGGGGAUUCUACAGACCUGAUCUGUGAAAUGCACAUGGACAAUGUCCCUGUAUCAACAAUCACUGGCCAGAGCAUAUCCGAGCGUAUGUUGAGUGUUUAUACCCGCCUGAAAGAAUUUCUUCCUCACCUCAAGACAGUAAUGGAGCAACAGAUAGACUUAGAGCCUCCAACCAAUCCUGUGGCUGAACGGCUAAAGGACAUGAUCACACACGUCAGCCGAUUUUCUGCAAACGUGAACUGUCUCAUCGAAUUUGUGAUGCCAAAUAUACCUAUUCCUGAGCCAGCUGAAAGGCCGACCGGAAUUCCCCCUGCACUAAAUACUUUCCAGCAGAAGGCCUAUGGAUGCAUUGUCCUGUCGCGGCUGCAGGAGUUCUUUAGUCAAACAUUUCGUGAACUCAAGUCUCUUCGAGUUAAAAAGUGCAGAAAAAGGACAAAAAAUACCAAGAUUUGACUUAAAUGUGUUCGGUGACACCUUCACACAAAUUCUGUCAAAUGUAAUUUAUUGUUAUUUAUUUUUUUGUACAUAUAUAUAACGGUGGUUAUGUCUAGAUGGAUUUGUGAUUAUAAAAUAUUUAUUCAUAUAAUUUAUUUCUGUUAUAAUGUGUUAUCUGGCUGUUUAUUGUUGACUGCUGUACAGUAUGUCCUUAAAUGCACCUUAUUUGGUUAUAGAUUAGUUAUAAACAACAUCUGUCAUAAAAUUUUGCACCUGGUACCUUUUGGCUUCCUAGAAAGAAGGUUCAAAACCACUUUAGCUGCAGAAUCUGAAGGUUUCUGAAGAACACUCAGUAAGGUUUUGUAUGUCGUCACAGAUAAUUGUUUUGAUAACGUAGAAAUCGACUGUGAUGUAACGUGUUAGCCAUAUUGGCUUUUGUGGUCGUCUGGCAAGAUCCAAAUACCCUGCAAAACUGAUGUACCAACUUAGACAUAGCCAUGUGUUGUGACCGUUUUAGAAGACAGGAAGUUCAAGAGACUGUGAUAUCAGCCCAUAAUGACGCAUUUAUUUCACCACAUCAGAAAGGAAAAAAUACUGACUAGCCGUCCGUCUCCCCUGUCACAAGGUAUAAGUGUGGGUUUGUGUCCAUGUGUGUACUGUAUGUGAGUGAAUCUCAGGUUUUCCUUUAAUUAAAAAAAGCAUUGACAGUUUGCACGACUGCAUCUCUGUGACUUAAAAUUCUAAUAUCUGAAUUAUUUGUUGUACUUUUGAUUGUGUGUAUAUUUUGGUACUUAUUUUUUA